CUUCCGGCCUCCCCAUGUUCAAGCCCAGGUUCUAGACAUCCCAUUUUCGGGAAGCCGCGACACCAUUCACUUCCUUCAACUCCCGCUUUUCAGGUUCUCCCACUUCUUUUUCUCUUCAUGCACAGCGACGAAAAAUUCUUUCUCGUGGAAAGGUGUGUCAUGGAGAGUUAUUCGACAAAAAUCAGAAGGAGGAUUUCGUGACAUUUUCGGCAGAAGAGUAGUCAUGAACACAGCACGAUAUCAUUAGUCAGAUUAUGACCACCAUAUAACACACCCGCCUAUCUUUACAUCCAACAUUCACCACCAUGACAGACCAGACACCACAACCGGCGUCGAAGCCGACAACGCCGGCUAUCUCGACGCCGACUCCGACUCCGACUCCCGGUUCGGGGCCCACCAUUUCGUCCUCCGCAUCCACCUCGUCGGCACGGCCAUACGUACCACAGUUCUCGGCCGCUACUCAACUCAUCCUCCAGCGUCUGAAGGCCAAGGAGGGAAAGAAUGAUGGCGGCGGCAGUUUCAGUUCAGUCGUAUCAUCGAAAACGACAGUGCUCACGGGCAGCAGUUCUACAACUAUCAAGCUUGAGCAAGAUACGUUCGAGGACGCGAAGAAGAGGCUGGUUGCGGGCACGGGGCUGAAAACCUCAACUUCCAUGAGCUUAAAAAUGCCCCUGAUCCUGCCGAGCAUUAAGAUGCCAACACCAGCACCGACGACGACAGUCAAGAACCUUUCUCUGCCAAGGACAAUACCAUCAUCUGCUGCCUUGGGUUCAAGCUCAACAAACCUCUCACUACCGCUACCGCCGCCGCCUCCAAAACACAAAUCCUUAACGUUCAAAAGCGGCACAACAAGUGCUAUCAAGAACAUCAACAGCGGCCUCACCGCGUCAGGCAAAGUCUCAGUGGUCAAGCCACCCAAGCCCGCCGCCGCCGCCGCAGAAAGCAAACCCAAAAAGGUCAAGACAUCAACAGGAAAUCCAGUCGGACGUCCCCCCAACGCCAGCAAAGCCGCAGCAGCAGCAGAGCCCACCGGCCACAGAAAGAAACGCAUCAAGCAGCAACAAGACGCGGACGAGCUUAGCAGUCUCUCCAGUCUCUCCGAUGUAUCCGAACCCGAAGAGGCCGCCGCCGCCACCUCCACCCCCUCAGGCGCUGCUGGCGGCGCUGCCCAAACCUCCCUCCUCACCAUGACCAAAUCCGGCCGCCAAGUCCUCAAGCCAACAACCUACAACCCCGCGGCCGUCGACGCCGCCAACAAGAAACACCGCAGCACGGCGUCGACGCAUCACUACGGCAAGCGCACAGCCGAGCAAGCCUUGUGCAAGAAGUGCACUCGUAUGCACAGCCCGGCCCAAAACCCCAUGGUGUUCUGCGACGGGUGCAACGAGGGCUGGCACCAGCGGUGUCAUGACCCCCAAAUCGAAACGCAAGUCAUCCGUGAUCAGACCAGGGGUUGGGUAUGUUCGGUGUGUGUGGCGAAGAGGGAGCAGGGGAAGGGUUUGGCUGGUGGGAGGAAGGGGCAGCAGCAGCAGCAGAGACAACGGGAACUACUAGAGCAGCAGCAAUCGCUAAAAAUGGUGAGUAGGGAAAGUAGGGAAAGUUGGGCGGAUAAACCGCCCCAACAAAAGCGCGCGUAUUUGUCGACUUUGCCGCCGCAGGAGCUGGUGGGGUUGGUUAUGGCUGCGUUGGAGGUGAAGCCUGAUUUGCCGAUAUUUCCUGGUCCCAAUCCUUCUACCAACAGUAGUAGUAGUAGUAAGGGGUCCAACAACAACAAUGGGAAGGGACAAAAGGGCUCCUCGGGCGGACCAAACGGCAAGAGUCUAAAAGACGUGAUUCUAUCCAGAGAAACCAGUCAAGAGAACCAAGGAGGAGAGGAGGGAGAAGAAGAAGAGUACGACCCGCUAGCGGCUCUGUGGCCUAAGCCGGGCAACGGUCUGUACAGCCUGCUGCCAUGGGACGUGGAUGAUGAUGAGUAUCUGGUGGACAGCGGCGACUUUGAGGCUUUCAGCUCGAUUGUGUAUGAUGAUAGGGGGAGGAAGGUGCUGGAGAAUGGCUUGAGGGUGUAGGAACCUGAAAGUGUCUCUAACGGAAAUUGGCAGUUCCUCGCCUCAAGCAAGGUAUGGGUUAGGCGAGC